CGGCACCGCUUCUCAAGUCCCAUUUCCCUGAAGCUCGCCUUUCAUGUCGCUGGUGCUGACUUGUAUGUUUAGACGCAGCCAAUCUCUUCCUCAUGACGCCACCGAGGCUGGGCUCAGAUGGCUCCGAUCAUAAUAUUUAACAGAGCCACGCCGGAUGAACGUUUGGAAGGAGGACGGAGGACAAAUCACGAGCAGGAGCCAAGCACCUGCCAGCCCGAGCGGAGCUCCGCGAGACGCGCAGACAGCAACAGCUUUGUCCGGGAGGAAAGCAUCCACACAUCUUCCAGAUGACCUCAUCUGCUUUGUGGAAUAUUUUUUAAAUAUAUCUAUUUAUUAAUAAUAAUUGACAUCUGACUUUUUUACAAGAAGACGCGUUUUGACAUCUCACUUAAGGAACUCAAGGAAGCACGUUUUCUGCGGACUAUUGAUGCUUUUACCGGGACCUGCACUCUUUUUUUACUUAUUUCAUUUUUUCCCCCUGAGGUUAGAUUGUUCGGAUUAAAAAUGUGUUAUGCACCUGCCAGGAAGUGAAGAAUCCGGACAUUUAUAUUUUAGAGAAGAUGAUGGAUCGAGAUGCUUUUAGGAAAUAAAGGUUUAAAUAUUGAUAGAAAAAUAGUUCUCUGAAAGGUUAUUAUAAAAACAGGGAAUCUUGAAGCCACCAUGAUUUUGUUUCGUAAAUUCCGGGUUCUGUUACUCAUGGUGUUUCUCAUUGCGUGCACCAUGCACAUCAUGAUAGACCUGCUCCCCAAACUGGAGAAGCGGGCGGCCGGAGCGGACAGCGCGGGCGGCGGCUGUCAGUGCGCUCACCACCCGGGCGGCGAGUCUCAGGGCUGGGGGAAGCAGCGCGGCAGGUCGGCCGCCGACACGGGCUGGCCUAACAAGCACACGCUGCGGAUCCUGCAGGACUUCAGCAACGAGCCCGGCUCCAACCUCACGUCGCACUCGCUGGAGAAGAGCGCGGCCACCGGCGACAAGGCGGAGUCCGGCAGAGGGAGCAGACCGGCGGCGGCGGCGGGGACGGAGGAGCAGCGGAGGAGGACCCUGAUCGGGGAGGCGAGCGGGGCUCGGACCGUGACCGCUCGCGGCGUCUCCAGACUGUCCGCCCUGUUUGAGCAUCCUCUGUACAAGGCUGACCUCCCUGCUCUCACGGACGAUGACACUUUAUUUAACGUCAACAGUGACAUCCGGCUCUAUCCCAAAACAACCGCCAACCAGGGAUGGCACAACGAGGAUGACUCCUCCCCAAUGACAGAGUCAACACCAGAGUCUUAUCCUAACUGGCUCCGCUUCCACAUUGGGAUCAAUCGUUACGAGCUGUACCCCAGACAUGGGCCUGUGCUGGAUGCUCUGCUGAAGGACCUGGCCACACAGAGAAUUACCAGUGUUGCCAUGAAGUCGGGAGGCACCCAGCUGAAGCUGAUCAUGACUUUUCAGAAUUACGGGCAGGCGCUGUUCAAGCCGAUGAAGCAGACGCGGGAGCAGGAAACACCUCCAGACUUCUUCUACUUCUCUGACUUUGAAAGACACAACGCCGAAGUCGCUGCAUUUCACCUGGACAGAAUCCUUGACUUUCGGAGAGUGCCCCCGGUGGCGGGACGUCUCGUCAACAUGACAAGAGAGAUCAGGGACGUGACGCGGGACAAGAAGCUGUGGAGAACCUUCUUCAUCUCACCAGCCAACAACGUCUGCUUCUACGGAGAAUGCUCCUACUACUGCUCCACUGAGCACGCUCUGUGCGGGAAACCGGACCAGAUCGAAGGUUCGGUCGCAGCCUUUCUACCGGACCUCAACCUGGCCAAGCGCAAGACCUGGAGAAACCCCUGGAGGCGUUCCUACCACAAGCGCAAGAAAGCAGAAUGGGAGGUGGAUCCAGAUUACUGUGAUGAGGUGAAGCAGACUCCUCCGUAUGACCGCGGCUCCCGGCUGCUGGACGUCAUGGACAUGACCAUCUUUGACUUCCUAAUGGGUAAUAUGGACCGCCACCAUUAUGAGACGUUCGAGAAGUUUGGAAACGACACAUUCAUCAUUCACCUGGACAACGGGAGGGGGUUUGGAAAACACUCUCAUGAUGAGCUGUCCAUCCUGGUGCCCCUCAGCCAGUGCUGCAGGGUAAAAAGGUCUACCUACCUGCGUCUUCAGCUGCUAGCCAAAGAGGAAUACCAGCUCAGCUCCAUCAUGGAGGAGUCUCUGCUCCGCGAUCGCCUCUCCCCCCUCCUCAUCCAGCCCCACCUCCAAGCCAUGGACCGGAGGCUCCGGCUGGUGCUGCAGGUCCUGGCCGGCUGCAUAGAGAAAGAAGGUUACGCUAACGUCGUGGAGGACGACCUCGCCGCAGACAAAGCCAGCCACAGGAGCAAUGGCCACAGGUAGUGAGGAGGAAAGAACGCAGCCCCUGACUAAUUAAUGGACCACAACUGUGGCUCUUCAACUAAUGGGAUUACAUCCAGAGUCCCGCUUUUAAUAUCAAGCUGAAUUCAGUGAAUUCCAAGACUUGCCAUCAUUGCCUCUAUGGAAACAGCUUUUAGGUGUGAUUAAAUAGAAGAAACUGUCCAAAAAUACCAGAAGAGACUUUCAACUGUCAGGUCAGAGACGUACUCUGGGUUUUAUUUGUAUGAGACAAACUCAAGUUGUGUGUUGAUUUUGUUCCAAAACCCAAGUUAUUAUAUUGAUAUCCAACCGACUGGAAGCUUCAUUAGCCAUCACGAUGUGUCAAAUGGUUGAAAGGCUUAUGUUUUUAUUGUUGUUAUUAUGUAAUUAGUGUCAAAAUAAAGCAUUUGUUAUGAAAUGUUACUGAAUCCUGGAAGGAACAUCUCAAAACCAGGAAAAUGCUGACAUCACAGAAGAUAAACUUUAAUUGGAACAAUAAAUUAAAUCUCUUUAUUCCUGAAAAGCAUAAAUCUGAGAGACUAGAAGAUUAUUCUUUUGCCUUAUCGUAUAUUGUUCUCACAAAUAACCUUGCACAGAUUGCAGAAAAACAACCUGACAGAGAUAAAACAAAGUGUCUCCUUUUUAUUAUUAUUAUUAUUAUUUAUAUUGUAGCUUCCAGAAGCAGAUCUACAGCUUUACUAUGAUUUUCUGGGAUGUUUUUGUUCUUAAAUACACUAAAUCCAAAACAUUAUCUUGUUGGUAGCUUAUUUUGUGUCUAAUUUUGUAUUUAUUGGGGGUGUCAAACAGUUACAAUGCAAUUAUUAUUUUUUACUUUAAAUUGCUUUAUGCUUUACAAACAAAUGUAUUUUUCACAGAUCUGUUACAGAAUUUUGUAGAGGACUGAUUGCAGUUUUUGUUUUUUUGGGGUUUUUUUGUCCUAUAAAGAAUCCUGUGUAAUAGCUGCCCCUGUACCUGUGCAAUGACAGAAAUACAGUACUUGAAUGUGAUUGGGUUGGCAGUAUUGACAGGAUUUGUAGAGCUGCAGAGGAUUUUUAAAUUACAUUUAUGCAGAGUAUCAGGGUGACAGCUGAGGUCAAAAAGCCUUGUUUUGUGUCCACGGUUCCAGCUUUCAUAUUUUCAGUGUAAAUACUCAUGAAGAUUUGGAUGAUCUGCCAAACUGCACUGCCCAGUGAUUUGCUUCUGUUAUCUGCUCUUGCAUUGUUACUGUGAAGAUCUGUUUACUAAAUGAUUAAAGUGUGCAAUAAAAACAAAGGUCACGA